AGAACAGGACACAGAAAAGCGGAGAGAGAGAGAGAGAGAGAGAGAGAGAGAGUACAAAAACGGAAUCCCAGCAGAACCAACGGUGUUGAUAAAACAAAGCUCUCAUCUCAGUCGUCUCCUCUCUCCCCUCUUCUCCAACGUCCGAUCUCUCUCUCUCUCCUCCUCCAUAGCCCACCGAUCUAAAAUUCUCGCGCCCAAAUACAAAAUCAAUCUCGGGUUCAAUUCGAGAUGGCCGACGGAGCCCCGGCGAGUCCCGGCGGUGGGAGCCACGAGAGCGGCGGGGACCAGAGCCCUCGAUCCUCCAACGUGCGCGAGCAGGACAGGUUCCUCCCCAUCGCGAACAUCAGCCGGAUCAUGAAGAAGGCGCUCCCCUCCAACGGAAAGAUCGCCAAGGACGCCAAGGAGACCGUUCAGGAAUGCGUUUCUGAGUUCAUCAGUUUCGUCACUAGCGAGGCGAGUGAUAAGUGCCAGAGAGAGAAGAGGAAGACGAUUAAUGGGGACGAUCUACUAUGGGCAAUGGCGACUUUAGGGUUUGAAGAUUAUAUUGAACCGCUGAAGGUGUACCUGACUCGAUUCAGAGAGGUGGUUUUAUGCAAUUUUUUUCCUUCUUAUGUUUUUAAGUUUGAUUAUGGUGUUUCUUGUAUUAUGGUAUUCCAGUUUUCAGUACCAGUUGAAGUGACAAUUUUUUUGUUUGUUUGUUUCUGUUAUGGAUUGAACGGGAUGUUGCAGAUGGAGGGUGACACUAAGGGAUCAGCGAAGGGUGGGGAAGGGUCUGGUAGAAAGGAUGCGGUUCAAUCUGGUCCAAAUGCUCAGCUUCUUCAUCAGAGUUCAUUUUCACAAGGCAUCAAUUACGGGAAUUCUCAGUCACAAGCUCAACACAUGAUGGCCUCCUACCAAGGCACAGAGUAGACUGGUUUCUGAACCUGUUUCGAUCUUUCCAUAUCCUUUUGACUUUUGAGGAUAUCAUGUUUAAAGCUCAUUUCUUGUUACAUAUUCUGAUCUGAGCACUGUAAUAUUUAAGGGUUGCUCUUUAUGUUCUUUGUGGCCAGUGUUUUGUAUCGGCAUGGUUUGUAUAUUAAGUUGUCUUCUCAAGAAGAAUGAUUAUUUGGUGAAUAUUGAUAACCUUUGCUGGAUUUAUUGAAAAAACUUUCUUAGGUUAGGCAAGGACCGGAUGACUGGUGGUGAAACUGGUCGUCAUUUGAGAAUCUUUAUUGUGAUUGAAUACCUUUUGCGGCUAGGCAAGGACCUGAUAUUUUGGCCACGAACUCAUUGAGAAGGUCAAUUGUGCAUUCUUUGUC